CGGUUAUGUGAUACUGCAGUAUAGUGGGAGAGUGUCUACCUUCUGCGAGUGAUGUAGUGAUAAAACAGGUGGACGACCAAAUGAAGCUCCUCCAGAACUGUUGGAGCGAGCUCCUCAUCCUCGACCACAUUUUCCGUCAGGUGAUGCACGCCAAAGAGGGCUCCAUCCUAUUGGUCACCGGCCAACAGGUGGAUUAUGCUGUAAUUGCCUCCCAAGCCGGAGCUUCUCUAAACAACCUGAUGAGCCACGCUCAGGAGCUGGUGGGCAAGCUGCGCUCCCUGCAGCUGGACCAGAGGGAGUUCGUCUGCCUCAAGUUCCUUGUUCUGUUCAGCUUGGACGUGAAGAACCUGGAGAACUUUCACCUGGUGGAGAGCGUCCAGGAACAAGUGAACGCGGUGCUGCUGGAUUACGUCAUGUGCAACUACCCCCAGCAGACAGACAGGUUUGGCCAGCUGCUCCUGCGGCUGCCUGAGAUCCGGGCCAUCAGCCUCCAGGCCGAGGAGUACCUGUACUACAAGCACCUGAACGGAGACGUGCCCUGCAACAACCUGCUCAUCGAGAUGCUACACGCCAAGAGAGCCUGAUGAGACUCCAGAUGGGAUCCUGAUCAUUUGGCUGAAACCGACUCAGAACAGACUCUGUUUUGUUGGUUUAGACCCAAGUCCUUGCCUGCAGAACAGAAACCGACCUAGAACAGACUCCUCCCAUGUUAAAGUUAGACUUAGUGAUUCUGGGGCAGGAGGCAUCCGUUCUUCUCAUUUAUCGUAACGAUCAACCAUCCUGGCACUCACACACAGGCAUAAGAACAUGCAGAAAUGGACACCCACACUUACACAUGCUGUGCACACACAGACGCGCGCGCGUACACACGAACACACACAUACAAACACAUUUAGGCACUCACACGCACGUACACACACAAAUAUACACACAUUAAGGCACACACUCACACGUUCAAAUUCAUAGAAUAUGCAUAGAUAUAACACACACACACACACACACACACACACACACACACACACACACACACACACACACACACACACACACACACACACACACACACACACACACACACACACACACACACACACACACACACACACACACACACACACACACACAUCUCUUCACUCUAAGACAGAUGCUUCUGGAGCUCUGGGUAAAGCUUCCAAAGAUGGAGAGAAACAGCUGAAAUUCUUGAGAACUGUCCAUUCGUCUCAUGGGACCUUUUUGUCUGCUUUGAAUAAAAAUACAAACCAUCAAGGUGAUACAAGGACCAACUGAAGGAACAAAACCAAUGAGUAUUGUAAAAACCUCUCCCACUGUUAACCUCUCUAGGGUAUGUGGGACGCUAGCGUCCCAUCUGGCCAACAUCCAGCGAGGUUGCAGAAAACUACAAAACCAACAAAAAAAACUACUUCCUGAAUGGAUUUUUCUCAGGUUUUCGC